UUUCUUGGCGUCUUCCAUGUUCUGCGACUCUCAUUCAGUCUCUGAUCUAAUGCACCGUAAUGACCAUCUAUACAUUACAUGUAUAACAUAACAUCCACAAAAAGGUGUGCCUGUGGGUACUGACCAUUUAUAAAUUUUUGCCUCCUGUGCUGUGAGUCAUGAGUAUCAUUCAUUGACAUGAUUGGUACUUUUUCCUUAAUUUUCCUCUCUUUAAGACUUUGAAUGUUCUUUGCAGCUCUUUCUGCCCUUCCACUAAUUUUUCUAUCAGUGAAUCCACUGCUGCCAUGACCAGACUCAGAUUUUAGAUUUAUAAUAAAUUUAAAAAUUUUAGUGUCCAAGCCACACCUAGUCUUCCACACCCAAUCUGCCACACCUUAGCAACCUUGCUUGGAUACAAAAAUACGCCGUUUACGAACUUUCCUACAUCUAGUGAAAGGGCUAGUGCAGUGUAGCAAACGUACUAUAGGAAAAUGGCACAGAAACCAAUAGCAGUAACUGAUACGAAUGAGAGCCACGGUCACAGCCUCAAGUUAACUGUACUUAAAACAGACCCGCCUUCGCUAGGUAGCUCAUCAGGUCGUCAGGAGGAGUACUUGUCCCAAGUUAAAAAAGUUGAUCGAGCCGAUUUUAAAUCCAUGAUAAUGGAAAAAGGAACGGUGGUGUCUUUGACCAUUUUCCUGUUGAUUACCACUAGCUUGCCACCAGAUCAAAAAUUUAAUAUGGUUGAAAAUUUAGCCCUAUAUCUAAAAACAAAGGAUUUUCCAUCUGGUGAUGCCAAGAAACGAAACUGGCAUCCAAGGCCAAGGCAUGGUCUUUCUUUUCAUGAGUUUGCUUCUGUUGCGCGUACUGUUCAGUCUAUGGAUCCGAAGGUUAUGCAUAAUAGAGUACUAGGAUAUUCAAUUACAACACCACACAAUUGCUACCUGGGUGCUAUGAAUGCUGGAAUGUCACAAUUUCGAGGUGAUGCUUUAGGCAUAAAGUAUGAAGAUGGCGAAUUUGAUGAGUUCAAAAAUAAAGAACUAAACGAUCAUUUU